UCGCCUGGGCGACCAGGCUCCCCGAGGCACGUGUCGAGUAUAAAAGUGGAAGGCGGCGCUCUGAAGUGCGCACACAGACUUAAGCAGCAUCAGCCGUGAGGUAAUCCACAUCCCUAAGCAGCAGCAACCAUGUCAGACCUCUGUGUUGGAAUCAAUGGCUUCGGUCGUAUUGGCCGCCUGGUCCUGAGGGCUUGCCUCCAGAAAGGCAUCAAAGUUGUGGCCGUCAAUGACCCCUUCAUUGACUUGCAGUACAUGGUCUACAUGUUCAAGUACGACUCCACUCAUGGCCGUUACAAUGGCGAGGUCUCCCAGGAGGAUGGCAAGCUGAUCGUCGACGGAAACGCCAUCUCUGUCUUCCAGUGUAUGAAGCCAGCUGAGAUCCCCUGGGGCAGCGCUGGAGCCAAAUACGUUGUUGAGUCCACUGGAGUCUUCCUCAGCGUAGAGAAGGCCUCUUCUCACCUCCAGGGCGGCGCACAGCGUGUGGUUGUGUCUGCUCCCUCACCUGACGCUCCUAUGUUCGUCAUGGGAGUUAACGAGGACAAAUACGACCCCUCCUCCAUGACCAUUGUCAGCAAUGCCUCCUGUACCACCAACUGCCUGGCUCCCCUGGCCAAAGUCAUCCACGACCACUUCGGCAUUGAGGAGGCCCUCAUGACCACAGUCCAUGCAUACACAGCCACCCAGAAGACAGUGGAUGGCCCCAGCGCUAAGGCCUGGCGUGAUGGCCGCGGUGCCCACCAGAACAUCAUCCCAGCCUCCACCGGUGCUGCCAAGGCCGUGGGCAAAGUCAUCCCCGAGCUCAACGGUAAGCUGACAGGCAUGGCCUUCAGGGUGCCAGUGGCUGAUGUGUCAGUGGUGGAUCUGACAUGCCGUCUUUCCAAGCCUGCAUCCUACGCUGAAAUUAAGGAAGCCGUCAAGAAGGCCGCACAUGGUUCCAUGAAGGGAGUGCUGGGUUACACCGAGGACCAGGUGGUGUCCUCUGACUUCAUCGGUGACACCCACUCCUCCAUCUUUGAUGCUGGUGCCGGCAUCUCCCUCAACGACAACUUUGUCAAGCUCAUUUCCUGGUAUGAUAACGAGUUCGGCUACAGCAACCGUGUCGCUGACCUGUUGCUGUAUAUGCACUCCAAGGAGUAAGCACUUCCUGCCAAGAGAGGAAGUCAGGAAAGGGACCACCCCCUCCCCAGCCAUCGUCUACUCCCUCCCUUCUCUUUUACACAGAAUCCCACCCAUAGCCUAGUCAUAGCAUCAUGGCCUCUAGCUCUACUACAGUACACGUAGGCAGCAGCAACAGCGUGUUUGAGUGUUCUCAGAGUUUAUCUGUUUUUCCUUUAACGGCGAAACAACCGGCCGGUGAAAGUAUUUGUGUCCGUGUGCCCCGCCCUCCACCUCCCACUUUCACUUUAGAUGUGUCGUUAUGGCUCAGUACUAUGGUAACUACUGUAUCCAUCUCCUUGUUGGUGUGUUUUAAAGGCUUAAUUAUGAGUGGAAGGAGGAGUCGGAGAGGCAGACCUGCUGUAACUCUGCUUAAGAAUAAUGAGACCAAGAAAUAAAACUUGAAAAACCUCAA